ACUGCACUCGUAAAUCGAUGAUAAUAUUUAUUGAUCGUUCCGGCGAAGCUCCACAGUUCGGUUCGAUCACUCGAUCAGUAAACUUCACAGCAGAAUGGCGAGCCUCGUUCGUAAAAUCAUCCACACUGCCAAGUGUCCGAAGGCUUUGGCUCCGUAUAACCAAGCAAUAGUGGCCGACCGCACGGUUUAUUGUUCCGGAGUGCUGGGCAUGGAACUGGGUUCGCUCAAGCUGGUCGAGGGAGGAGCCGCAGUGCAAACGGCCAAGGCUCUGGAACACUUGGCAACGCUGCUGGAAGCAUCCGGAUCAAGUAUUGAAAAGGUCGUCAAAACAACCAUUCUGCUGGCUGAUAUGAGUGAUUACGGGGCCGUGAACGAGGAGUACAAAAAAGUUUUCUCCAACAACUUUCCGGCGCGGACGUGCUUUGCGGUUAACAAGCUUCCCUUGGGAGCAUCGGUAGAAAUCGAAGCCAUUGCCCUGACCGGGGAUGUUAUCCAAGUGUCUACAUGAUUUGCCACAAAUGUGUAGCUCCGAGCACGACAGUUUGGGUUGUUUAUCCAACAAAUUUUCAUACCAGUGUGAAAAAGCUAUAAUCGGCAUUAAUCCAUAGGUUGAAUUUAGCAAAGCAACAUUGUGAUAUGCUAGUGUUGGCAACUGUAGUUGAGCUUGGACUUGCUUUGUAAUAGACUGUUUUGUUGAAUAAAUAUUUUUUACUGA